AUGCGCCCAUCGGACUGCGCCCCCUGCGCCGCCGGGGAGUUCUGCGACUUACCGAGGAUGCCGCCCCGAGUGAAGAACAGGUCUGUCUGUAACAGGUCUGUCUGUAACAAGACGAUUAAGGACAAGGAUGAAUGCACAGAGAACCCAACGUUUUGCGCUGGAAAAUGCCUGAACACACCAGGAGGGUACCGCUGCGUGGGCAUCAUCAUCUCUCACGACGACGACGACGACGAGUCGUCGCUCUGCGCCGACGGCUACUACCUGGGCUACGAGACGGGCGAGUGCCAGGCGUGCUCCGGCUGCCCCGACGGGCUGAUGCUGAGCCCCUGCACGACCGACGCCGACACCUCCUGCCUGCCGGGCCCCGGCAAACUGGCGGCGGCGUGGGUCGGCUCCGUGGAGCUGCCGCCGCCCCGCGACAGGCCCGCCAACCUCUCGGAGCUGAUGCCGGGCGGCGAAGGGAUCGCGCUGCGCGUCGCGCCCACCCGGGAGACGGAGUCGCUGCUCGGCUUCGCCCAAAUCCAGGUGGUCGGCGGGCGAUCCGUCGCGUUCGGGCAGCACGGCCUGGUGUGGGCCGACCUCAACGUGGCGGCCAAGCACAGCUGCCGCGGCUUCCUGCAGGUGUCGCUGAGGCUGAACCGCAGCGGCGGGCACCGCGACGAGCUCGUGGCGGCCAGGAUCGAGCCGACGGAGGACGACAAGCGCUUCCGGCGGAGCGCGUCCCUGAGCUCCACGGCCGAGCUGGAGCCCGGCCACCAGUUCUCGGUUUACCUGAGAAGCCCGGGGCAGCCUUGCGAGCGCAGCGGCGGAGAGUACGCCCACCCGGACCUCCUGCCGGGCUCGCUCAGCUUCCUGUGGCUGUCGCACGACACCGGGGCCGUGUCCCUGCACGCGCACACCAACACGGCGGCCCACUACAACUCCAACUACCGCCCCUCCUUUAAGGUGUCGCAGGUGUCGGACCCCUACGUGAUCACGGUGAACCACGACUGCGCGGCUUUCACCUUCUCGGAGGCGGGCGUCGUCAAGUUCGCCUACCGGCAGGCGCUCUACUCCGUCGGCCACGGCUGCAUCCGCGACGGCUACUCGCUGGGCGUUCACGUGAGCCGCAACGGCAGCGCCGGGGAGAGCGGGAGCGUGCGCCUCUUCGGCGACGCGUCCGGCGUGAGCGUCGCCAGCCUCCUGUGGGUGCCGGGCUCCGCCGCCGCCGUCCUCUCGGCCGCCCUGGACAAGUCCGGCGUGGGCACCGGCGCCGUGCGGAACAAGGCCCUGCGCUUCCGGACCGUGGCGGCGCCCGACGGGGCGUUCCGGCUGGCGGCGGCCGGCGCGGUGAGCGUCUCGUUCCACCUGCGGCUGAUCCACUCGUGCGAGACGGUGCGCCUGUCGCUGCGUGGGCUGCAGAGCGAGCCGCCGUUGCAGCUGCAGGGCCGGGGCCCAGUCGCGCCCCUCCUGCAGCAGGUCGCUGGGCGAGUGAUGGAGGGCAGCCAGUGGAGCACCAUCAGCCUGCGGGGAAGCCUGUCCGUGGAGGCCGACGCGACGCUCUUCUUCACGCUCGACUGCAGCCGCGGCCGGAUAAACAACAUCUUCCACCACCAAGGAUCGCACCUGUUCAUGAUGUGGAUUUCCGCGUAG